AUGAAACCAACAUUCUCUUUAUCGAGACAGCUCGUCAGAAGUGUCAUAAACCCAGUCAAACACACUCCACUGGACACUCUGAAAUCAUUACCAUUCACUCCAAAAUCAUUAUUAUACAUCCCAAACACAAGAACAAGUGUUAAUGCCCAACAACAUGUCAACUCAUUACUUUCUGAAAACCCAAACUUACAAAUAAUAACUGCUGUUUUGGACUCAGUACACCAAGACAUCGCUUCAGAGCUAUGGUUUGAUGAUUUCAUGAGAAUAAGAUCUGGUAAAAACUUGGAUAAUGACGCUAAAAAUAAACCUUCAUUAACAUUAGGUUUUAGUGGUGAAAUUCUCAAGAUCCCACUAGUUCGUACAACAGGUUUUACAAACUUUGAUUACACUUUGAAUAUGAAACAUAAUGGUACAUAUCUCUUAGAUGAGUUGGAUGUUUGGUUACCUUUAAAAACUGGAGGUAUUUCAAGCUGGUCACAUUUACAUAGAAUUUCAGAAUCCAGAUAUAAUAUAACAAGUCAUUUAGAUAAUGUUAUUAAACAGAUUGACAAUAGACCUGCAUCAUCAGUGUUAAUGAAUGAAUUGAAACAAAAUGGUAUCAAUGAAAAUCAACCACUAUAUGUACAAAUCGGUUCACAAUAUGCAAGAACUAAUUUCUAUGAAAUUAUAGCAGGAGGUGGUGAAUACGGUGCUAAAAGUGAAAUGCUUGUUUUAGACUGUGACAAAAUCCCAGAAGCUUUAGCUUUACAAGUUCAAUUUUGUCUACCUGUUCCACAACUAGCUAAACCCUCUGAUAAUGGUGGAAUGAUUGUGGAUCGAAUUCAGGAUUCAAAAAGAAUAGUGGAUCAAGGUGAAGAUGUCAUCAAGGACAACUUUAUAAGGUUUGGAAGUGAGAAAGGAUUUCAACUCUCUGGUUACAAUCUCCAAGCUCCUAAUGAUUUUUGUUCUGUUAGAUUGUGA